AUCACUCCACAAGAACAUACACAUCUCACAAUGAUCUCUAAAGUCCUUUUUGUUGCUGUGGCCUUAGCGGCGGUGUGUGCUCAGGAGCACUACCAGCACGGGCACGGUCAGGAGCAAGGUCACGGACACGGCCACGCCGUGUCCUCUCAGUCCUUCGUGCUCCAUCAAGUGCACCAUCCUCAACAGGAGUCUUCUCACUCUUAUGAAUCUUCUCACCACGCCCCGACUCACCACGAGUCGCACUCCGCUCCCAUCCACCACUCCGUCCAAGUCCACCAUGCUCCUAUCCACCAUGAACAGCAAGUGCAUCACGUUCAACAGGAGCACCAAGUGCAUCAUGCUCCCGUGCACCACGAGCAAGUUCAAGUUUCCCACGCUCCCGCGCACCACGAGCACGUAGUCCAAGUGCACCACGCUGUUCCUGAACACCACGCUACCUAUGAGCACCAGUCUGCCCCCGUCCACCACGCUCCUCAUCAUGAGCACAUUGUCCAAGUGCACCAUGCUGCCCCUGUCCACCAUGCCGCCCUGUCCAUCAUGCUGCUCCCAUCCACCAUUCUGCUCCCGUCCAACACGUUGCCCCCGUCUACCACACCGUCCAAGUUGCCCCCGCUCAUCAGGAACAUCACAAGGAACAGCAUCAUGAGGAGGAGCACCAUGACUACUAUGCUCACCCCAAAUACGAGUUCUCCUACAAGGUGGAGGACCCCCACACCGGUGACCGCAAGUCCCAGCAUGAGUCUCGUGACGGCGAUGUUGUGAAGGGCGUCUACAGCCUGCACGAGGCUGAUGGCUCCAUCCGUACCGUUGAAUAUGACUCUAACAAGCACACCGGUUUCAACGCGUACGUGAAGCACUCCGAGCCCUCGAAGCACAUCCAGCCGCAGCAGCACCAAUACCAUCAUUAAGUUAUCCACUACUAACUUAUUAAAGGACUGAUUGUUAUUAAUGUUGACUUGUACAUAAAUAAAAUAAUUUAAAA